CUGAAAGUGAUAAUCAUUAAUGCCCCAUACCGACUAGAGGCCACAAUUUAGAUUUUUCUGUGCAAUUUGUGAUUUAGUGAAAGAAGUUUCUUUACUGGAAAAGAUACAAUGGAUCGUUGGCAAGGUAAAGUUGCAGUUGUAACUGGUGCAAGUUCGGGAAUAGGAGCCGUCACUGCCACAAAACUAUUAGAAAAUGGACUUUCUGUAGUUGCCCUUGCGCGACGUGAGGAGCGUCUCCUUGAAAACCAGAAAACUCUUCCGGAAAACCUAAGAGCCCGCUACCAUCCCAAGAAAUGUGACGUUACUGAUGAGGAAGCGGUGAAAAGCACUUUUGCUUGGAUUGAGGAACGUUUCGGGGGAGCUGAUAUUCUCGUCAACAAUGCUGGUGUUUUGACCCAUGGUGUGAAUCUCUCAGCCCCGGACAAUACAGAAGUCGUAAGGAAAACUGUUGAAACAAACAUAAUGAGUGUGGUUUAUUGCGUGCGGGAAGCAUUCAACUCAAUGAAAAAGCGGAACGUGGACGGUCAUAUCGUUAUCAUUAAUAGUGUCCUUGGCCACAAAAUCCCUAUGAUGCCCAACGGUUCGAUAAACAUGUAUGCUCCUUCGAAAUUUGCGGUAACUGCAAUGGUGGAGACUUACCGUCAGGAGUUCGCAAAUGCUGGAACAAAAGUGAAAGUAACGAGUAUUAGCCCUGGUGCUGUUGAAACCGAAAUUGUACCAAACAUGGCUGCCUACAGGAAAGCGGGAAUGUCCCUGUUGUAUCCAGAGGACGUGAGUAACGCUAUAUUAUAUGCCUUGGGUACUCCACCACAUGUACAGGUUCACGAAUUAAUUAUUAAACCCGUGGGAGAGAAAAAUUAAGUUAAGAUAGUAUUGUAAGAAAUAUGUUUUUGGAAAAUUUAUUUAUUUUUGAAUUUAAGUUCAGACUUAAUUUGCAUUCUAAUAAAGUGAGGGGCUCUA